AAGAAGACACUUCGAGAUGAUUGUGUUUUCAGCCACCGGUAGUUUGUUAGCGGACGUACAAUCGUAGCGAAUAGAAUUAUGGGGAGUUUUAGGAUCCAGCUUGAAGAUAAUUGUACGCUCGCAAAGGCGACUAAAAACGAGGGCUGCGGGGCUUACGUUGCAAACUUCCCAUGAUUGGCUAAUCAUUUGGACAACUCGCGAUUCCCCCAAUGGCAUAAGGCGAGGGUAAAUUGGAAACCAAAGAGUUCAUCCACAGUUGCUUUGUUUCGUCCUCCGAAAAACGUGUUCGUACAGUGACCUCUUCUGGACAGAAAUAUAUUGCAGUCAUAUAUUUAUUUAAUUUUUUAAAAUCACAGACCAUGUUUAAUUCAGUCAUAAUGUAAACUAUUUGGGCCAUGAAUUACAUUUUGACAGCAUUUAAAUCCAUGGUUCAAAUAAUUUACAUUAUGACAAUUUAUUAAACAUGUCAAAUACAAAUAAUUUGCUUAAGUUUCCAAAAUACGUGAUACAUUUUGUUGCUACAAAAUAAAAAUGAAUUGUGCACAAGUUUCAAAACAUAUUAUCGGCUCUUCCUCUCUGCCUGCAAUUGUCGUAAAUGCAUUGCAAAGCCAUAAACUGUCGUGCUACUGCCCCUGAUUUUCGGUGUUUGAAACCCCCGUUCGGUCUUUUCGUACGGCACUAAAGCUGAAGAGGAAACAUGCCGGCCAAAGGUCCUCUGCAAUCGGUCCAGGUUUUCGGACGCAAAAAAACAGCUACCGCUGUUGCUCAUUGCAAGAGGGGGAAUGGCCUCAUCAAGGUGAACGGCAGACCCCUGGAGAUGAUUGAGCCAGCCACUCUCCAGUACAAGCUGCUGGAGCCAGUGCUGCUGCUGGGCAAGGAGCGUUUUGCUGGAGUUGACAUCCGAGUGCGAGUGAAGGGUGGUGGACAUGUCGCACAGAUCUACGCUAUCCGUCAGUCCAUCUCCAAAGCCCUGGUCGCAUACUACCAGAAAUAUGUGGAUGAGGCCUCCAAGAAGGAGAUCAAGGACAUCUUGAUCCAGUACGACAGGACCCUGCUGGUUGCCGACCCUCGUCGCUGCGAGUCCAAGAAGUUCGGUGGACCAGGAGCCCGUGCCCGCUACCAGAAGUCUUACCGUUAACCUCUCUGUACAUUUUCAUGUAAUAAAGUUGAGGAAGAAAAUA